GUCGCGGAUUGCUCAAAGAUAGACUUCACGUGUCUAUUGGCGUGUCAGGUUGUUCAAUUGUGAUGAGUGUACAAGCAUAGAAUGUUUUGAGUUUUCACAUUUUCCAUUCAGUUCCCAUUAUAGAACGAUAGGAGAAAGGUGCCCUCCCACCCAUAUACGAAUCACCACGCUACAGCAUUUUCCGAUGGAAAUGGUUCAUUUCCCGACUCCAUCUAACCAAUAACGUUCGUUCCAAUUAUCGGGAAAAUAGAUGAAAAUGUGAUUAGGUCCUUUGGUGCAUUACGUGCGUUUACAAAGUGAUAUUUUCCACCGAAAAUUGUUUUUACGCAGCUCUUGUGUUUUUCCACGUAAUAACCUGUUUGUGUUUAUCACGAUGGAUAAUCUUCAGAGGACCUAUUGGGGCAGCAACACGAAUUUGCACGUAGCUUAUGAAGGGAGUCACCUCAUAGAUGAAAACAGUCAGCACAAGGAAGAACGCAGUAUCUUUCCAUGCUGCGAUUCGAAUUUAAAUUUCUCAACUGCCAAUUGUAGCGAAGAUGACUUAGAAUAUGGGAAUUUCAAGAGAAAUAAAAACACUAGGCAAGAUCCCAUGUCCCACAGAAUAAUAGAAAAGAGAAGGAGAGAUCGCAUGAACAAUUGCCUAGCUGAUCUUUCACGACUGAUACCGACCGAGUACCUCAAAAAAGGACGAGGAAGAAUAGAAAAAACUGAAAUUAUCGAGAUGGCCAUAAAACACAUGAAAUUCUUGCAACAGGAUUCUGAUCCCAGCGAACAAUUCCGUCUUGGCUACCAAGAAUGCAUGUCCGAAACAAUGAGGUUCAUGGUAGAAGUUGAGGGACAUUUUUCAAAUGAAGCCAUAUGCGUUCGUCUCUUAACACAUUUGCAGAAACAUUGUGCAAACUUACCUCACAGAUCUAGCCAUGUACCCCAAACUACAACAGUUACCGAUAGAUUAAUGGGACCAGGCCCCACAGUAGUGGAUAGAAGUCCAAUUCAAGUACCUGAAUUUCAAACUAUGAAAGUAGAAAUUGAACAAAACAAUAAUAAUGCAAAAGAAAACAAUACUUUUAAUAAUAAUAAUACUUAUUCGAAUGGAACGAAUAAUGAUGAGAAUGAACAUGGCAACACGGAGAAUGGAAGAAUAUCAUACAAGUAUAAGACGAAUAUUAAACUGAGAUUCAACCAGGAUUUGAACGGUGAGAGUGAAGCUAAAAGGCCUAAACUUGAUGGAGAUAGGAGAAGUUCCGUGAACAGUAUUGAAAAUAGAAGUAUGUCACACAGUUCGCCAGCUAGUGAAGCCUGUACCAGAAAUUCAGAUGCAGAAAACACAAAUAGGACAUCUCCUUCGGACAGUACCUUAUCCUCAAAUAAUCAACUAAAACUGGAGUCAGCGUGCAGUAACGAAACAACAAAUCCCUGUUCACCGCACGAACCAUCUCUACACAGUUUGAAUAUGAAGAAUUUCAAAGUACCCAUUUUUAUGUUACAUACCAAAGGUUCCUUCUAUGUACCCCUCACAGUAGAUUACAAGGCUUUGAUACCGUAUUUUCCCAGUUAUGAGAUUUCGGACGAAGUGAUAUUACAUCCUGUUACGAUUAACGUAAACUUCCAACCGGCUUUCAACAAUUCGUUGGAAGGUUCUAAAUAUAAAUGUGAUUAUCCGAGAACUACAUGGCAAUGAAAUUGUUACUCUCUUUAUUAAAUUCACCAUAUUGUUUUCUCAGGGAGUCAUUCACUUAAGAACACUCUUGCCAGUUCAAAUUGGCUCUACCGUUGAAUCCUAGAGUAACAUGCAAAUAUUAUCGUUCAGUUACGUUGAAAUUUUCUGAAGUUCAAGUCAAAAACUGAAGAUUUUAUCUACAAGUGAACAUCUACAGAAGAUAUUAUAUUUUGUGUAAAAUUUUUUACUUAGAGAAAAUAAUUGGAGAUUUGUGAUAAAAAAGGAAAAUUGUUGGAUUUGCUAAACUGUAAAUUUUGUGUAUAGUGGGUAGUCAAACAAAAACUUAAGAUGAAGAUUGAUAAUACCCAGAAAAUAAAAAAUCUUAGCCAAAAGCAAGAAAUAGGCAACAUAUAUUUAGAUAAAAAGGGAACAUGGACUCAAAAACCUUUUGAUACUGUGAACACUUAAACAAAAUUAAAUUGUAUUUUAGAUUUAAAUACUUCAAGUCAAGUUUUUUUUAGACUACAAAUAUACAGGGUGACCCAUCUUAAAUGAUCCACUGAAAUAAUUCUUUGGGAAGACUAAAUCAAAAAAUGAUUCAAGUAAGAUAUAAGUUUCUUACUUGUCAAGGGGACAUCGAAUGCAGACAUUUAAUGUGACCUUGAAGUUUGUCAAGUAGAUUUUUUGAAAAGGGAAUAUAUUUUGCAGAAUCUCAUUCUUCAGAUUUUGCAGAAUCUCAUUCUUUAGAUUUUGCAGAAUCUCAUUCUUUAGAUUUUGCAGAAUCUCAUUCUUUAGAUUUUGCAGAAUCUUUUUCUUUAGAUUUUGCAGAAUCUCAUUCUUUAGAUUUUGCAGAAUCUCUUUCUUUAGAUUUUGCAGAAUCUCAUUCUUUAGAUUUUGCAGAAUCUCAUUCUUUGUGAAAACUACGAAGAUUUGACUUUCAUUUUUGCCAUAAAAUGAAUCAAUGUCAACUCAUGUGUGCGAUUGGAAAAUAACUUUAUCA